UCGGUGAACGGAGUGGGCUUCGCGAGCCAAAGCUUUCUAUCAUAAUCACCUGCCUUUGGAGAAACCGCCGUCAAAUGAGAAAAAAGGAGGAGAAAGAAAAUCCACCCUGCGUGCUGCCAAGUGGUUAGUGCUCCGAGAUCUGACAUGGAUUAAAACAUCUGGACAGCGUGACACGGCAGAUGUUCUACAGCUGCGGCGCCACAAGACCGGCGGAGAGGAGCGCUGUACUCCAUUGAUUGACCGGAGUCGGCUGACCCUGCGCGGAGGCUCCCUGUGCAGCAUUGCCAAAGGCGCGUGUGCGGAAGCGCGCGCGGGGGCCGUGCGGCGGACAGGAGCGUAGCAGGGGCCCCUCGCGCGGCGAGGAGGCAUCGCGGCAGCAUGACACGUGGAAUUCGCGUGCUGACAGCGGGAGCAAUACAGCAUCACAAAGUAUUAUAUAUUUGUAUGAAUUCAGUUUUUAAGGGUUCCCCAUCAAAGUAAAGUGGCAUCAUACGCCUAUAAAUUAUAUAUUUUUUCCACUUGCGCUCAUGACUUUGUUUUUUGUGUCACCGCCGGUGCUGCUCGCAAACAGACGUCUGAUUGAAGCGGCGAUGUAAAAUGGAAGCAGUUUUAGCGACUUAUUUCAAAUGGAAAGAUUAUUAUAAUUUGCAGCAAAACCGGGAAAGAUGCGGAGAGUUGAACGGGAUGCUUUCGCGUGAUUAUAUGGUGAAGAGUGUCCAGCGGCGUCUCGCUGUGUGCGUGACUUUUCUUUCCUGCUAGAAGUUUUCGCUAUACGCGCGAACAUCAUCAGAUCAUCAUGUCCAGAUCGAAGAGCGCGAGCCCCCCCGUGGCCGGUGCCUCGGGUCCGAGAAAAGGUGACGAACACAGGUCAGCCUGGGGGGAGUCCGAGGCUGUCGCCAAUGGGUGCGCGUUCCCGAGCCAGCCACUGGGUACCAAACUGGCGCGCUCCAGCAGCAGGUGGAGAGACGUCGACGGCGACGCGGAGCCGGAACGCGCACGAGCCUCCACAGUUGCCACUCGGGUCAGCUUCAGGUCCAAGUCCGCGUGGCAGGACCACGGGGAGGUGGGAGCCCGCUCAGUGGAGCUGGGCCUCAAGGACAGGAGGUGCACGCCGGGUCGCGCGGGCGAGGAGCUCGCGGCGUCACCGCGGCACUUCUCCGCGGGCUCGUGCUGCAGGAGCGCCGCGCGCGUGUUCCGCUCCAAGAAGUUCCACUCGGAGAAGCUGGAGAGACUGUACCAGCGAUACUUCUUCCGCCUGAACCAGAGCAGCCUGACCAUGCUCAUGGGCGUCCUCGCGCUCGUCUGCGCCGUCAUGCUGGGUUUCCACUGCGCGGGCGGACGGUACCGACUGCCCUACGUGGUCGCGUUCGCGCUCGCCAUCGCGCUUGUCCUCGCGCUCAUGGUCGCGUGCAACAGGAGCGGCUUCCAGCAGGAGCACCUGUGGCUCGUGUGCUACGCGCUCAUCGCGCUCGUGCUGCUGCUGCAUGUCACCGGGCUGCUGCUGGCGGAGCCGCGCAGCGCCUCCGAGGGCAUCUGGUGGACCGUGUUCUUCACCCACAGCGUGUACACGCUGCUGCCGGUGCGAAUGAGGGCCGCCGUCACCGGCGGGCUGCUGCUCGCGGCCGUGCACGUGGCCAUCUCGUGGAAGCGCAACGAGGCGGAUCCGUUCCUAUGGAGACAGCUGGUGUGCAAUGUGCUGAUCUUCUCCUGCACCAACAUGGUGGGCAUGUGCACCCAUUACCCUGCUGAGGGCUCACAGCGCCAGGCUUUCCAGGAGACAAGAGAGUGCAUCCAGGCCAGGCUCCACUCACAGAGGGAGAAUCAGCAGCAGGAACGCCUCCUGCUUUCCGUGCUGCCUCGCCAUGUCGCCAUGGAGAUGAAAGCUGACAUUAAUGCCAAGCAGGAGGAUAUGAUGUUCCACAAGAUUUACAUCCAAAAACAUGACAAUGUGAGCAUCCUCUUUGCAGACAUUGAGGGUUUUACCAGCUUGGCCUCCCAGUGCACGGCCCAGGAGCUGGUCAUGACGCUCAACGAGCUCUUUGCACGCUUCGACAAGCUGGCUGCGGAGAACCACUGUCUGCGGAUCAAGAUCCUGGGUGACUGCUACUACUGCGUGUCGGGCCUGCCGGAGGCACGGGGUGACCAUGCCCACUGCUGCGUGGAGAUGGGCAUGGACAUGAUAGAGGCCAUCUCGCUCGUGCGGGAGGUGACUGGAGUCAAUGUCAACAUGCGUGUGGGCAUCCACAGCGGCCGGGUCCAUUGUGGAGUGCUGGGCCUUCGCAAGUGGCAGUUUGAUGUCUGGUCCAAUGACGUAACGCUGGCCAACCAUAUGGAGGCUGGGGGCAAAGCAGGGCGUAUCCACAUCACCAAGUCCACUCUCAACUACCUCAAUGGGGAUUAUGAUGUGGAGCCUGGAUUUGGUGGUGAGAGGAACGUUUACCUGAAGAAACACAACAUUGAGACUUACCUCAUCGUGAGCUGCAGCCAGAAGCGGAAAGAAGAGAAGGCCGUGAUGGCCAAGAUUAGCCGUCAGCGCACAAACUCUGUCACCCACAACACCUCCCACUGGUGUUCUGACCGGCCCUUCUACAACCACUUGGGCAGCAACCAGAUCUCCAAAGAAAUGAAGAGAAUGGGCUUUGAAGAUCCCAAGGACAAAAACACACAGGAGAGCUUGAACCCUGAGGACGAGGUGGAUGAGUUUCUGGGCCGGGCCAUUGAUGCCAGGAGCAUCGACCGGCUGCGCUCUGAACACGUCAAGAAGUUCCUCCUAACGUUCCGCGAGGCCGACCUGGAGAAGAAGUAUUCUAAACAGGUGGACUCCAGAUUAGGGGCAUAUGUGGCAUGUACCACCGUUGUGUUUCUUUUCAUCUGCCUCAUUCAGAUGACCACUGUACCACACACCUCUCAGAUGAUCGGCUUCUAUGCGACCUGCGGACUGGUUCUUCUGGCUGUCAUGUUCAUCUCAGGAAUCUACUCCUGCUACAAGUGUUUCCCAGAGCCCCUGAAGACCCUGAGCAAGAAGAUUGUUCAGUCCAGGAUAAAGAGCACACUGCUUGGGGUCUUUACCAUCAUUCUGGUGUUUCUCUCAGCGUUUGUCAACAUUUUCACCUGCAGCACUAGCGACCUGCUUACCUGCCUGAGCCACGAGUUCAACAUCAGCCGCACAAGUGUGACUGCGUGUCACGUGCGCUCAUCUGCCAUAAACUACAGCCUGUGCAUGACCGAGGGUUUCUGCGGAGACCCGCUGCUCACCUGCAACUUCCCAGAGUACUUCUCGUCCUGCGUGAUGCUCAGCCUGUUGUCCUGCUCCGUCUUCUUGCACAUCAGCAGCAUUGGGAAGCUCUUCCUCAUGCUGUCCAUGGAGCUCACCUACGUGCUGGUGCUUGAGCUGCCACGGGUCAGCCUGUUCGACAACACGGACCUGCUGGUGGCAGCCAAUGCCCUGGAAACUAUUAAUGGAACGUGCAAUGUAACGGACACCAAAGUACCCCUGAAGAUCACGACACCCGUGGUCAUCACAGUCUUCGUCCUGGCUCUCUAUCUGCAUGCCCAGCAGGUGGAAUCCACAGCUCGCCUGGACUUCCUCUGGAAGCUGCAGGCCACUGAGGAGAAGGAGGAGAUGGAGGAGCUGCAGGCCUACAAUAGGCGGCUCCUUCACAACAUCUUACCCAAGGAUGUGGCUGCUCACUUCCUGGCCCGCGAGCGCCGCAACGACGAGCUCUACUACCAGUCCUGCGAGUGUGUGGCCGUCAUGUUCGCCUCCAUCAGCAACUUCUCAGAAUUCUACGUGGAGCUGGAGGCCAACAAUGAAGGAGUGGAGUGCCUGCGGCUGCUCAACGAGAUCAUCGCCGAUUUUGACGAGAUCAUGAGUGAAGAGCAGUUCCGUCAACUGGAAAAGAUCAAGACUAUUGGCAGCACCUACAUGGUUGCCUCAGGCCUCAAUGACUCUACAUACGACAAAGUUGGCCGCUCUCACAUCCGGGCGCUGGCAGACUAUGCCAUGCGGAUCAUGGACCAGAUGAAGUACAUCAACGAGCACUCUUUCAAUAAUUUCAAGAUGAAGAUCGGUCUCAACAUUGGGCCAGUAGUGGCGGGAGUCAUAGGUGCCCGCAAGCCACAGUACGAUAUCUGGGGCAACACGGUAAAUGUGGCCAGCCGUAUGGACAGCACCGGUGUGCCGGAGAGAAUCCAGGUAACCACAGAUUUGUAUCAGGUACUGAACAGAUACAGCUACACGCUGGAGUGUCGAGGACUGGUGAAGGUGAAGGGAAAAGGGGAGAUGAUGACUUACUUCCUCAACGGAGGACCAGCCAACAGUUAACACCUGCUAGGGUGUGGUUUUCAGCGAGAGCAGGCCUACUAGGAGCAGGAAGACUGCCUUGUACACAGCCUAUGAAGACA